CACUUUCUGGAGACCCGCCCUCGCCAACAUGGCGGCGCCCAGUUGGGGCGGGUUCGUUUGCUUCGCGUUUUGGCCAGGGCGGGGGUCUGGGCUUUAGGCAGGUAGCAUUUAGUUUCACAAUGUUUGGGGACCUAUUUGAAGAGGAGUAUUCCACUGUGUCUAAUAAUCAGUAUGGAAAAGGGAAGAAAUUAAAGACCAAAGCUUUGGAGCCGCCUGCUCCUAGAGAAUUCACCAAUUUAAGCGGAAUCAGAAAUCAGGGUGGAACCUGUUACCUCAAUUCCCUUCUUCAAACUCUUCAUUUCACACCUGAAUUCAGAGAAGCUCUAUUUUCUCUUGGCCCAGAAGAGCUUGGUUUGUUUGAAGAUAAGGAUAAACCCGAUGCAAAGGUUCGAAUCAUCCCUUUACAGUUACAGCGCUUGUUUGCUCAGCUUCUGCUCUUAGACCAGGAAGCUGCAUCCACAACAGACCUCACUGACAGCUUUGGGUGGACCAGUAAUGAGGAAAUGAGGCAACAUGAUGUGCAGGAACUGAAUCGAAUCCUCUUCAGCGCUUUGGAAACUUCUUUAGUUGGGACCUCCGGUCAUGACCUCAUCAAUCGUCUGUAUCAUGGAACCAUUGUUAACCAGAUUGUUUGUAAAGAAUGUAAGAACGUCAGCGAGAGGCAGGAAGACUUCUUAGAUCUAACAGUAGCAGUCAAAAAUGUAUCUGGUUUGGAAGAUGCUCUCUGGAACAUGUAUGUAGAAGAGGAAGUUUUUGAUUGUGACAACUUGUACCACUGUGGAACUUGUGACAGGCUGGUUAAAGCAGCAAAGUCGGCCAAAUUACGUAAGCUGCCUCCUUUUCUUACUGUUUCAUUACUAAGAUUUAAUUUUGAUUUUGUGAAAUGCGAACGCUACAAGGAAACUAGCUGUUACACAUUCCCUCUCCGGAUCAAUCUCAAGCCCUUUUGUGAACAGAGUGAAUUGGAUGACUUAGAAUAUAUAUAUGACCUCUUCUCAGUUAUUAUACACAAAGGUGGCUGCUACGGAGGCCAUUACCAUGUAUAUAUUAAAGAUGUUGAUCAUUUGGGAAACUGGCAGUUUCAAGAGGAAAAAAGUAAGCCAGAUGUGAAUCUGAAAGAUCUCCAGAGUGAAGAAGAGAUUGAUCAUCCACUGAUGAUUCUAAAAGCAAUCUUAUUAGAGGAGGAGAAUAAUCUAAUUCCUGUUGAUCAACUGGGCCAGAAACUCUUGAAAAAGAUAGGAAUAUCUUGGAACAAGAAGUACAGAAAACAGCAUGGACCACUGCGGAAGUUCUUACGGCUCCAUUCACAGAUAUUUCUACUCAGUUCAGAUGAAAGUGCAGUUCGUCUCUUGAAGAAUGGUUCUCUCCAGGCUGAGUCUGAUUUCCAAAGGAAUGACCAGCAAAUUUUCAAGAUGCUUCCUCCAGAAUCCCCAGGUUUAAACAAUAGCAUCUCCUGUCCCCACUGGUUUGAUAUAAAUGAUUCUAAAGUCCAGCCAAUCAGGGAAAAGGAUAUUGAACAGCAAUUUCAGGGUAAAGAAAGUGCCUACAUGUUGUUUUAUCGGAAAUCGCAGUUGCAGAGACCCCCUGAAGCUCGAGCUAAUCCAAGAUAUGGGGUUCCAUGUCAUUUACUGAAUGAAAUGGAUGCAGCUAACAUUGAACUGCAAACCAAAAGGGCAGAAUGUGAUUCUGCAAACAAUACUUUUGAAUUGCAUCUUCACCUGGGCCCUCAGUAUCAUUUCUUCAAUGGGGCUCUGCACCCAGUAGUCUCUCAAACAGAAAGCGUGUGGGAUUUGACCUUUGAUAAAAGAAAAACUUUAGGAGAUCUCCGGCAGUCAAUAUUUCAGCUGUUAGAAUUUUGGGAAGGAGACAUGGUUCUUAGUGUUGCAAAGCUUGUACCAGCAGGACUUCACGUAUACCAGACACUUGGCGGGGAUGAACUGACACUGUGUGAAACUGAAAUUGCUGAUGGGGAAGACAUCUUUGUGUGGAAUGGGGUGGAGGUUGGUGGAGUCCACAUUCAAACUGGUAUUGACUGCGAACCUCUGCUUUUAAAUGUUCUUCAUCUAGACACAAGCAAUGAAGGAGAAAAGUGUUGUCAGGUGAUAGAAUCUCCACAUGUCUUUCCAGCUAAUGCAGAAGUGGGCACUGUCCUCACAGCCUUAGCAAUCCCAGCAGGUGUCAUCUUCAUCAACAGUGCUGGAUGUCCAGGUGGGGAGGAUUGGGCGGCCAUCCCCAAGGAAGACAUGAGGAAGACGUUCAGGGAGCAAGGGCUCAGAAAUGGAAGCUCAAUUUUAAUUCAGGAUUCUCAUGAUGAUAACAGCGUGUUGACCAAGGAAGAGAAAUGGGUCACUAGUAUGAAUGAGAUUGACUGGCUCCAUGUUAAAAAUUUAUGCCAGCUAGAAUCUGAAGAGAAGCAAGUUAAAAUAUCAGCAACUGUUAACACAAUGGUGUUUGAUAUUCGAAUUAAAGCCAUAAAGGAAUUAAAAUUAAUGAAGGAACUAGCUGACAACAGCUGUUUGAGACCUAUUGAUAGAAAUGGGAAGCUUCUUUGUCCAGUGCCGGACAGCUAUACUUUGAAGGAAGCAGAAUUGAAGAUGGGAAGUUCAUUGGGACUGUGUCUUGGAAAAGCACCAAGUUCAUCCCAGUUGUUCCUGUUUUUUGCAAUGGGGAGUGACGUUCAACCUGGGACAGAAAUGGAAAUCAUAGUGGAAGAAACAAUAUCUGUGAGAGAUUGUUUAAAGUUAAUGCUGAAGAAAUCUGGCCUACAAGGAGAUGCCUGGCAUUUACGAAAAAUGGAUUGGUGCUAUGAAGCUGGGGAGCCUUUAUGUGAAGAAAAUUCAGCCAGAAGCCAACUCAUUACCCUUGGAACUGGCUUCUCGUUCCAGCCUUACCAGGAUGCAACACUGAAAGAACUUCUGAUAUGUUCUGGAGAUACUUUGCUUUUAAUUGAAGGACAACUUCCUCCUCCGGGUUUCCUAAAGGUGCCCAUCUGGUGGUACCAGCUUCAGGGUCCCUCAGGACAUUGGGAGAGUCAUCAGGACCAGACCAACUGUACUUCCUCUCGGGGCAGAGUUUGGAGAGCCGCUUCUAGCCAAGGUGCUUCUGGGAACGAGCCUGCGCAAGUUUCUCUCCUCUACUUGGGAGACAUAGAGAUCUCAGAAGAUGCCACGCUGGCGGAGCUGAAGUCUCAGGCCAUGACCUUGCCCCCUUUCCUGGAGCUCGGUGUCCCAUCCCCAGCCCACCUCAGAGCCUGGACGGUGGAGAGGAAGCGCCCAGGCAGGCUUUUACGAACUGACCGGCAGCCGCUCAGGGAAUAUAAACUAGGACGGAGAAUUGAGAUCUGCUUAGAGCCCCUUCAGAAAGGAGAAAACUUGGGCCCCCAGGACGUGCUGCUGAGGACACAGGUGCGCAUCCCUGGUGAGAGGACCUACACCCCUGCCCUGGACUUGGUGUGGAACGUGGCCCAGGGCGGGACUGCCGGCUCCCUGAGGCAGAGAGUUGCCGAUUUCUAUUGUCUUCCCGUGGAGAAGAUUGAAAUUGCCAAAUACUUUCCCGAAAAGUUCGAGUGGCUUCCGAUAUCUAGCUGGAACCAACAAAUAACCAAGAGGAAAAAGAAAAAAAAACAAGAUUAUUUGCAAGGGGCACCAUAUUACUUGAAAGACGGAGAUACUGUUGGUGUUAAGAAUCUCCUGAUUGACGACGAUGAUGAUUUCAGUACAAUCAGAGAUGACAUUGGAAAAGAAAAGCAGAAACGACGGGCCCUGGGGAGAAGGAAAAGCCAAGAAACCCUCCAUGAGCAGAGCAGCUACAUCCUCUCCAGCGCAGAGACGCCUGCCCAGCCCCGAGCCCCGGAAACUUCUCUCUCCAUCCACGUGGGGAGCUUCAGAUAACCCUGCCGCUGCACGGCUCCACUCCCGAUGAGCUCUCCGGCUGAUGCCACAAACGUGGGUUUCCUGGGCAUGGGGACUGGCUGCCUGGCGCCUCCAUCCCAAACCCUCUCCUUCGAGCACAGGGACGGCUCCUCUGAGGCCUGGCCAGUGCAUGUAGUCACUUAGCUCUGCAACACGUGGCAGCCACGGGGGCUGGUACAGCUCUGGACGCCACCCACCCAGCUGCCAGUAGGUGCUGGGCUCUCUCACACAGCACCUGGCCCCAGCUGCCUUUUUUUUUCUUUUAACCAGAAAAUGCACAAUGUGUGCAUGAACCGCAGGUAUGGAGGCAGCGGCAUGCUGUCACUCCGCUGUGGGAGGUGUGUGGGGUCAGCCCGGCCACUUUCCUCCGUGUUCAGAUGACUCUUGUUCGCCCUGACCGGGUUCUCACAGCGUCUCAGGCCACUGCGCCACCGCGCUGGUGCUGAGCAGAAGCGGGGUCUGCUUUCAGGACUUCAUUUCCCCAACUCGUUCUGGCCCCACAUGCUCCAUGUCUGCCCUUUGGUCUGAGUUAAAACUGCGAUGCUGAAAAGUGCAAGCUCUUUCCACGAGGAGGAGCCAGACAGGGCGGCCUCCGAGGGUGAGCCACUCUGCUAAGCAAGGGCGGCCGCUGUGCGUCAGCCCGCAGGCCGAGGGUCCAGCCUAUCCUGGGUGCUCUUGUGAUCAGAAGGUCCUUGGAUCCCGAGGACUGCGGCCACUGCCGUCCACAGCGCCUCAGCCUCUCUUCCUGUGUGGAAGCGGGGCCGGCAGGGCCCUGGCAGACAGGCCUGGCAUUAGCCCAGGUUCCAGGUGUCCUGGGCGGCCUGACUGGGUUCCUGAGUAGCCUCAAUGAAAACACCUGAGAAAAAGAAAACGUAAACUAAGGAAGGGUUUUUCCACUUAAUCCAAGCCAGAUUUCUAUUCAACUUAAAGGAUUUAAUUGGCAUUUGUGAGAAAUAAUAGCACCUGUGUCACUGAGCUGAUUGAUUUGGGACACAGAUGGUUGACUUUCCCAGACAGCAACUUAGUGGAAAGCAGCAUCCUGAAGAUGGUGUCACAUGUCCUGAGCCUGCUUGUCACCUGGGCCUCACGGUUUCUCAUCAGCCCCGUCACUGAUGGGAAGCAGCACUGAAGUGUGAGGGGCAGAAAGGACACCGCUGGAGUCAGGCGCUCCCCUGCCUGUGACCCUUUUCCAACAAGCUGAUGCUGAGCCAGCGGCCUGCUCUGCCCCGCAUCCUCCUCCCAACGGUCCAAACCACUACCAGACGGAAGCCGCGUGGCUUCCGCACACGUGUCUGAGAGCGUCUGCCAUAGAUGUCUGUGCGUUUCCAUGAAGCACUGUGCCGUAAGGACUGAACUCUGACCAGCAAGCUGCCUCCCACUCCCAAACACUAACCCCGCGCAGGAGACUCGCACUGGGUGUAGACUGCAUCUUUACAGAGGGAGAUGGAUAGAGGCUUCUGAUGACACCAGAGCUGUUAAGUGUCGUGACUGGAGCUGGGCGCCCAGCCCUUCUUGAGCUGUUCUGUUUCUUGGCUUUAACUGACAUAUUUCCGUAGCAUCCCCCUUCAUCUCAUCUCAACAUAAUGAAAUAUUAAUGAAAUCGCUGAAAAGCUUUGCCUUUGAGAGGCCAGAAGCCUCGUGGAAUGUCUCUGCAAGUCCAAAGACGCGUGUGGGUUGAUGUGCCUUGAAGUGCCGUUCAGCAGGAGCAUGCGGCCGGGCCGGCCUAUGCGUGUGGCCUUUGCCUUCUUCCCUUUCUUUCUGUUUUCUGUUUUUUUAAUUUGGGGAUUGAGAAAGCUGUACGAUUUUGUUAAAGAAAAAAUAAACCAUUUUUUAAAGUUGUA